AUGAACAUUCUUCAGGGUUUUCCAUCACAUCAAAACGAGAAUAUUUCGACUUUGAAUCGGAUGAUAUCAUUGAAUGAAAAGACCACAACUUUAAUUAUUUUAUGUAAUGCAGUGAGAAAUGAAGGCAAAGGCAAGCAAAAAAAUCUUUUCGGACAUGAAAGUAUAAAGUGGGAUGAGAUGGUGAAAAAAGAGUUAAAAAGUUGCCCGAUGAUCAGGAGAAUUUUACAUUUAAAUCUAGAAUAG